GAAGCAGGCAGCGGGAGGCAGCAGCAUCCCCCGGCUCCGGCUGCCGGUCCUCGGGCUGAGGGAGGGGAGGGCGAGGGGAGGAAGGCUCUCCCGGCCCCCCCGAUGUGGGCUCUGCUCGCUCCCUAAUGAGCUGCUCCCAAUUUGGGGGAGCAGAGCGGCGUUUUGGAGAUGUUGCCCUGUUUCAUCUGGCUCUCCCUCCCCGACCUGCUUAACGCCUUCGCCGCCCCGGGAAAGUUGCCCUUCAACGGGAGCCUGGAGGAGCCUUUUGUAAUCCCAAACCUCUCGGGUUUCUUUCCCUGGGACAACGCCAGCCUGGCCGACUGGCAGAGCUUCGUGGGCAGGAGCCGGUACGGAGCAGAGUCGCAGAGCGUCACGGUGAAAGCCCUGCUGGUGGCGGCGUACUCCUUCAUCAUCGUCUUCUCCCUCUUCGGCAACCUCCUGGUCUGUCACGUUGUCAUCAAGACCAAGCGCAUGCACUCGGCCACCAGCCUCUUCAUCGUCAACCUGGCUGUAGCCGACAUCAUGAUCACCCUCCUCAACACGCCUUUUACGCUGGCUCGUUUUGUGAACAGCACCUGGGUGUUUGGGAAGGGGAUGUGCCACGUCAGCAGGUUUGCGCAGUACUGCUCCCUCCACGUCUCUGCCCUGACCCUCACAGCCAUCGCCGUGGACAGGCACCAGGUAAUAAUGCACCCUCUGAAACCUCGCAUAUCUACUGCAAAAGGUGUUAUCUACAUCUUUGUAAUCUGGAUCAUGGCAACUUGUUUCUCCCUGCCACAUGCUAUCUAUCAAAAGCUCUUUACUUUUGAAUACAGCGAGGAAGUUACCCGAUGCCUGUGUCUGCCGGAUUUCCCCGAGCCUGCCGACCUCUUUUGGAAGUACCUCGACUUAACCACCUUCAUUUUGCUCUACGUCCUGCCCCUUCUGAUCAUCUCUGCUGCCUACAUGACAGUGGCCAAGAAACUCUGGCUGCGCAAUGUCAUCGGGGACGUCACCACUGAGCAGUACUUUGCCCUUCGUAAAAAGAAUAAAAAGACCAUAAAGAUGCUGAUGCUUGUCGUCAUCCUCUUCGCUGUCUGCUGGUUUCCCUUGAAUUGCUACGUCAUCCUCCUCUCCAGCCAGACCAUCCACACCAACAACGCCCUGUACUUUGCCUUUCACUGGUUCGCAAUGAGCAGCACCUGCUACAACCCCUUCAUCUACUGCUGGCUCAACGACAGCUUCCGAUCAGAGCUGAAGGCUUUGCUCAACAUGUGCAGAAAACCUCCCGGACCCACAGAACAGAGGCUUCCCUCCAUGGCCCCAUCCUACCGACUAGCUUGGCCAGAAAACGGCAACUUCAAGCGGUUGCAGGUCUCCCACGUCCUUCCAUUAGCCUCCAACAUCCAGUCAGGAAAGACAGACAUCUCUGCAGUUGAGCCAAUAGUAGCUGUGAGCUAAACGGUGGCCCUGGGAAACCUACAAGGACCGCACAUAGAUUUGGCCAAAGCUACAAGGGUGGGAAGAUGUGGAGCCCUGACCUGCUUCGGGACUGUACAACCACACGUGAUAAAGCCAAGAAGGAGGUUCUGCAGGAGGUAGGGUGAAAGAGCUGGACGUUUGAUGGAGCUGUGGAGCCCCUGAAGGAGACACCGCAAACUCUUCCCAGCAAGGAAUUCUUUGUCAAAAGUUGACUUUGGAUCACCUUGUAGGACAAGAUUCUCUGCACGUAUAUCGCUGUCAUCUGCAUGACUAGGCCUUUUUAUCACUGGGGCUGUGUGUGUUUUGCUGGUAUUUACACACUGAAGCAAAAAUCUAAUCACAUCAGACUUCCUUUCCCCUUUUUCUAAGUCUCUCAGUAACAGCAUGGAAAUGGUCGAGAUGUAGACCUUUAGGUUUCUGGCUGGAUGGGAAGGCAUCCCUUCUGAACUGGGGCCUAGCAGGUGAAGAUCUCAGAAUGAACAAACAGAUAUAUUUCACAAAUCCAUUUUUUGGUGGAAAUACACUCAGAGAGGUGGAGGAUAAGGUGAUAACUGAAAAAAGAGCAGUGUCUUGCCUCACAGGCACUUUUUCCAAGGUAGGGUUGAAGAAGAAUGGAUGCCUACCUAUUCGUUGCAUAAGCAGAUGGUGAACACUGCUCAGCAUCUGCCACCGGUGCUGAAUCACACAGACUUUUUCUUUCCUACGAUGAAGUCAUGAAUAUUCAGAAGGUUUUUCUUCAAAUACAGAACUGAACACCAAAAAGAAAAGUUACUUUUGAGAAUGUUGGCCAUACCAUCCACAGCUAGAGAAUGGGUAAUUAAACGCUACCCUGAGUUUCUACUAGGACCUUUUGAUCAGAGCAUCUCUGCAUUAUUGUCAAGUGGCAGCUAAAGGACCCCAGAGUUUGACUUUUUAUUUUGUCUUUGAAUGUUGCUCUCUUAUCCUGUAAAGCACCUGGGUGCUUCUCAGAUCAGACAUUUGGGACAUUUCAUCCCAACUAAGACACUAGCUCUCUGGAAUCAGUUCAUAAGUGAACUGCUUUGAGAGAACAGAUGAAAUCUGUGAUCGCAAGUAAUAAAAGCGGAACAUUUCUCUGCAAGAUAUCCUCUGGUGAUUGCACAAUUUUUGUGCAUUUAAAGGCAAGUGAGAUGUAUCCUUCUUGGGGCGGCUAAGAAAAUUGUUGUGACUGCAGCUGCCUGGAGUAGUUUACAGAACUUAAUGUUCUUAGCAGAAGAAAAUCUGAUUUUGAAUAAUGGAAAAAAAUGAGCAUUCCAAAAUCUGUACCUUGUGUAACACAGGAGCAAUAGCUGUCCCUGUGCUGUGGAAAUCAACUUGAAUGUCACACCAGGGUGCUCUGUUCCACAUUUAGCUUGCAGCAGACAGCAGUGAAGUGAGAAAAAUCUUCUUUUUAGA